AUGGACUUGAAUCUUUUGCAUCAACAGUUGAAAGAAAAGAUUGAAGGUCAUUUGAAGAUGUACGAUAAAGCAGCAGAUGAUCUGAACAAGGGCCUGCUGCCAUUAUGUCCUGAUGGGACUACGCGUUGUAUUGGGGAAUUGUGGGAGUUCUUGAACCAAAGACAAGCAUGGGUCAACCGUCACAUUCAUGGGCUACAUGUACACGUGGAGAAGUUUCGAGACUUGUUGUUUUUGGAGGCGGAGUAUCGUAAAAAGCUUGAUGAGUUUGCGCAGAAAGAUAACAUUCUUGGUCGGAAAAUGGACAAUAUUGGUCAGCAAAUGGAUUGUGCGCUCGAUGCAAUAAACAUGAUACAAGUGCCUACGCUGCCAGACGGCCACGCUGGAAUGCUUCACCCUGAGAGAGAAAUUGCCGAUCUGGAAGCCGAAUGGAGACAGUUGAAGGAAGAAGAGAGGAUGUUAAAGUUGGAGAGAGAGAUGGACAGGGAGAAAUUACAAAGUGCUUUGGCUGAGCAGAACAAGGCCGAGAUUGCAGCAGCAGCAAUGAUUGACCAGCACAAUGAAAAUGAAGCGGCGAUCGAAAAAUACAGGGUAGCAUCGAAGGAAGUGCAAGAGCUAUCGCGGAACAAGAUCCUACUGGACUCCAGGUUGGACGCGAUUAUAAAAGAUAUGGAAUCUGUCAACAGCCCGCCAUUUGUUCACCCGGACGUUGAUUCCACUGACGGAAAAGGAAAGGACGCUUGUGGUUUUAAUGGUUGA